AUGCACAGCACAGCGCGCCGCAACGUUGACAGGCCGCUUGGCAGCGAGAAUGGGCUCCGUCUCGGACCUGAGACGCCUCAUUUGCGGGCGCUCGCGCAGUUCUCGCUUGCGAAUAUACCAGUAGUCCCACCAAAGGCCCGAUAUCUCCAGAAACGCGGGGUUUACGACCUCGCCUACCGUGGCGUGGGAGAGUGUGGAGGGAGGCUCAAGAUGCGUUCGCGCGUAUGGACCAACAGCAGAGCCGCUGCCGCUACUGCUCUUCCAAUGAAGAGGAUCGCCACCGUGCCGGCUACGCGGCCUCGAAUGACGGCCGGUAUCGCUAUGCUCACAUGA